CGUACUCAGCAGUACAGCUAGCUUGUGGUUGUCUAGUGCCGUGCGGUAGUGGUCCUGCAUUGAUUCUUCACAACCGCCAUGGAUAUCGACGCUGUGCUUCGAGCAGCCGAGGAGAAGAUCAGAGAGAUUAACCGCAGCAAACAAGAUGUCGGUAUACACAGGCGCCUCCUGCUGGACAACUUCGUGAGUGUAAUUCUUGGCAAUGACCGCAACAGGCGACAACCCCGCAGCCGAAAGCGAACGGGUGGUGGUGAUCCAAGCUCCAAAGCCAAGAAGCAGCGCCAUAAGAAAGAGCGGACAUCUUCAGGUACACGCCAACGGAGAAAGCGUCACGGACAACUUCCUGAAGGCCCUUUGAUGCAGAACAACCCUCAUCACCAAGGUCUGGACGCGCAAGAUGAACCGACCGGUACAAGCGUGGCCUCGGCGUCAAGUGAUUCGUGAAUCCUCCAGGAACCGAAGCCUUGCAACACAAAUGAGUGGGAGUGGCUUUUCGAGUAAGGCUAUGACCUUUCCCCGGAUGCCCUUGUGCGUGACCCGGACUUGACCUAGAUGGAAUGACGAGCCGCCGUGUGAACUUCCCGUUCGAUUUAAGCACUCCACGACUGUUUUUCACGAACACUCCUAGACAUUGUGACGAGACCAAUGCGCAUUUACACCUAGACGCCCUAUGUCUUCAUUGCAGUGUUUCUUGCAAAGGAAAGCGCCACGCGGCGUGCGCUGAUGUGUAUU